AUGUUCCUUGUGCAUACUACCUCACUCGAGCUCCAAGAGUUCCACGGAGUAGAUGUCCCCCCGUAUGCAAUCCUCUCGCACACCUGGGGCAAGGACGAGGUAUCUUUUGCGCAGUUCCAAGGCGAAGGCAGAGAGGGACUGGCGGGGUAUGGGAAGAUCAAAGCCAGCUGCGCCAUUGCGGCCGAGCAACAUCUUAAAUGGAUGUGGAUUGAUACUUGCUGCAUCGACAAGAAAAGCAGCGCAGAGCUUUCGGAGGCCAUCAAUUCCAUGUACAAAUGGUAUCGCGACGCGCGAGUCUGUUACGCAUACCUUGUGGAUGUGUCACUACCGCCCUCCAAGGACGCCGGGAAUGGACUUGACGAAAUACCCGGCUUGGAGGCAGCCUUCAUAGCCAGUCGCUGGUUUCGGCGCGGCUGGACGCUUCAGGAGCUGUUGGCCCCGAAGGUGGUUGUCUUCUACGACCAAGCCUGGAAGAGUAUUGGCGCCCGACACGAGCUCCAAUCGAGUGUGACCAAAGCGACAGGAAUCAGUGAGGUUCAAUUCGAUCAUGCCUUGAGUGCCAGCAUCGCCCAAAAGUUUUCCUGGGCUUCGAGACGACAAACGCAGCGUAUUGAAGACAUGGCAUAUUGUCUUCUUGGCCUGUUCAAUGUCAGUAUGCCUUUGCUUUAUGGGGAAGGAGACCGAGCCUUUCGAAGACUACAGGAGGAGAUACUCAAGGUGACUUACGAUGAGUCAAUCUUUGCUUGGGAGCCCCCCGUCCCCAACGCAUGUGGACUGCUGGCUGCUGGUCCAGCUGCAUUCGCCAACUCAGCAAACAUCGUCAGCAGCCAUCAUCCAGGGUAUUCGCAACAGCCGCACUCUCUGACAAGCUUGGGGUUGUCUAUGGAACUGCAUUUUGUUGACAAGGCUCACCUGAAGAAGGAAGCGCCACGUUUGUCUGCAACAAGGCUUGUUGCAGCCAUACUCGAUUGUACUGAUGAGCGAGAUGAUUCGAGGGUGAUGAUCUGGCUCGACCUACUGCCAAAGUUAGGUGGUCCGGCUGCAGAUAUAUCCGAGCGGAGGCGGGCAUACAGGACGGCUUGUUACUCGUUCGACACUCUUAAGCCCGAGAAGGAUAUCAUAGGCCCUAUAACGAGCGAAUUUGUGUACAUCGACAAGACAUACGAUCGCAUCACACCACGCCAUACCCGUCUCGAGCAACCAACAUCUCUCGUGCUUCGGGGUCCGCCCUUGGUCCCAGGUCCCAACGCCUUGCGCUUUGUCAAGGCAAAAUCAGACCCAACAUUCAUCUCGCAUACCGACGAAACUUUAACCUUCAACUUGACCAGCUCUACCGAGCCUAUAUUCUCCACCCCCUCUUCCAUUCAGCCUCAAAAGCACACUAGUUUUGGCGGGCAUAACGCGGGGGGCAGCGGAAGUCUUCCGCUUCUUGUCCGCGUCUGCCAAGCAAAUAAACUCACUUCAGAUCCACCACACACCUUGCCCUUUCCAACCCUCUUAUCAAGGGGCAUCUCUAUGCCGCGAAAGCUAUAUACUCUUUCCAGGAGAAAAGGUGCGAACAUCUCUUGCAUCGAAGACAAGAACAUCUCCUUCAGACGUGCUUUCCCCGAGUGGAAAAAGGCUCCAGACAAAUUAGGCGCAAACACCCUCUCUGCGAUCAAAAAGGUUGUUCUUGAACUAGACAGAAGGAGCUACAGCGUACAUGCAAUCGAAGAGACUCUGAAGGCCACCGUUGAAAGGUGGGAUGGAAGGGGAAAUCGCAAAGCCAACAAACCUUCAGUGAAGCAGUUUGAAAGACUCUACAAAUACAUCACCCGUCCCCAGCCACCGACAGAUCCCAAUCAACCCGUGAUCCUACCUCCUAUAUCCUCUGCAUCAUCCUCUAGUGACGAAGACGAAGACGGAGAUCAAGAAGAGGAGGAAGAGGAAGAGAACGACCAGAGCAAGUUGGGGCAAGAACCCACGGACCAUAUUAAGGAAGCGGAAGGUAAGAACAAGGACGACAACGAGGGCGAAAGUGAAGCCAGAGACGAAGGUCAAGACGAAGACGAAGACGAGCACACAGUGGAAGCCGAACCCGAACCCGAAGUCGACACAAGUCAAGAGCAAACAGAACAGAGCGAAGAAGCCAGUCAAGAGAAAGCAGAGACGUCGAGCCGUGACGGGGAAGAACGAGAGCAAGGAGAUAUAAGCACUUCCUGUAACGAACUUGAAGAGGACUUUGAGGACCUUCCUGAGCUUGAGGAGCUGCCGCUCACAGUGUUCAGCGGUGACGAGAACGAGUUCCCCCAAGACAGCAACGAACCUGCCGCCACUAUUGUCGGCGACCGUUUCAACAAGUUUUACGCAUCCAUCGAGGACUGUAUUGACAGACCAUUGCGACUACAAUCGUCAUCUCCAAAUCCCUCUCCAAAGCCUCGUGCUCCGAAUUUAUCAAAUAUUUCACGCCGCAUCACUCGCCGCUGGAGUCCAGAACAAGAGACUUUUGACGAGAGCAACAUAUCCAUAGAAGCCGGUCGCGGGCUAAGUCACCGGGAUACAGUCCCCACAGGGAACAACCUUGGGAACGAAUUUUCAAGUCCUGCUCACAGCCCUUCAAUUCUGCCGCAGAAUUCUACACAUACCCUGUCACACGCUGCAGACACCCUUCGCUCAAAUCCCAUCUCAUCUGAGGCCAUGGUACGAGCGCAAGGCAGUCGUACACAGCCCAAUGGCAAUUCCAUCUCAAAUAUAACUGCAGGCGGCUCGUCAAUAUCAAGCAAGUCUCAACAGUUAGGUGAAGAUAGCAUGAAGAUAGACUGGGAAACAGCAACAUCAGAGGCCGCCAAAGGAAAGGAGACCUUGCUGAAAUUCGAAAGCAAGGUAAGACGCCAUAUGCAGUCCAGGAAAGUCCCUUCAUAUACCCCACGGGUCGAAAUAGCCGAAAUCACCACAGAAAUGCGAAAGCGUAAAGCCAAUGCGAUGGAUGAAGAAGAGGAAGAUGCAGAAGCGGCCGCCGCGCUUAGGGAGCUGAGGGAAAGAGACGCACAAUGGCUGGAAGAUGACGAGGCGGCAUACCAACAAAGGAUUGGAAAGGUGAAGAGGGCGAUGGAUCAACGGCAAAAGAAGCUCGACCAAUUCUUUUGGUUGCGAAAGAAAGCGAAAUUAGCAGCGGCUCGCGUAGAAGCGAGGGCGGCUCUGGAGCAGGUCGACGAGAGAUACAAGUCGUAUGCGGGGAGCUAUCCUGCGAUGGAUGAUAAUGACGAUAACGAUGACGAAGACGAAAGUGAGGAGGACAUGGAGUCAGUUGAUAAUCAAGGGCCUACCAACCCAGGCCCGAGUGGUGGAUCAAGGCAGGCUUUGGUGAAUGGGAACACCUCACAUGGUGGAACUUCGUGA